AUGACCACAACCCUCAGCACCACCGCAUGGAAGGCCUUCCUAGGCCUGCGCUGUGCUGUCUUCCUGACGCCCUGGCUGCUGCACCUCUUCUUCGCCGAUCUCAUCCUGUCCAGUCUGCUCCUCCCCUCAUGGCUGCUGCCGGAUUUGUGCAAUCGGGCAUCAUCUGCCAUCGCAGAGUCAGUCUGGCGAGGCAUCCAGCUGAUCUUCACGCGCAUCAACCGCGCCGACAUCAUCCUGUCGGGCGUGGAGAAGCUGCCGCCGGAUGAGUCGGCCAUUGUGAUCUCCAACCAUGUCGAAUGGACGGAUUUCUACAUGAUACAGGCCCUGGCUCUGCGGUCUGGUAUGCUUGGCAAAUGUAGGUGGUUCGCGAAGCAGCAGCUCAAGUGGGUGCCAUUCCUUGGUUGGGGUCUAUGGGCUAUGGGUAUGCCGCUGGUGAGUAGGAACUGGACGCGCGACCAGCGGGAGAUGGAUCGUGUCUUUCACGGCCCCUUGAAGAGACAGUGGCCUAUAUGGCUCAUCGCAUACAGCGAGGCUACCCGGUACACUCCUGCCAAACGCCUUGAAGCCGAGCGCUGGUGUCACGAGAACGGCAGACGUCUAGGCCAGCACACUCUAUACCCUCGCACGAAAGGCUUCAUCGCCUCGGCGCAAAAGCUACGUGAUGCGAAGCAGAUCAAAGCCGUGUACGAUGUAACGGUCGCAUACGCGAGAAGAAGAGGCGAUGGUUUCGAGUUCCUGCAAGCUCCUACGUUCACGGAGUCAAUCAUGAUACCACGCCUUGGUCAGAAGUGGAAGUUCUAUGCACACGUGGAACGGCAUCCCUUGGAGGACGUCCCCACGGGAGAGGCAGAGCUCACACAAUGGUUGGAGGCACGGUGGGUUGAGAAAGGCGAGCGUCUGGAGGCUCUGCGGCAGAGGCUGCUGAAAGGGCUGGAAUGGGAUUGA